CGCACCGCUGAUUCGCAAUGUUUGUCAUCACUUAGGCCUAGUUUAGAUGUCUACACUAGGCGAUGUCAGUUUUCGAAUAAAGAACUGGCACUAUGUUAAGUAAACAAGCUGCAAAAGAUGCAUUAUUGCAGCAUGUGAACAAACACUUUUUCUAUAGCAGCACACCAGCAAAAGAGAUGACUGUUACCAGCAUUGUCCCUUUAAGUGCAUGGCAUUACACACUUGAGUCCUUCACUGAGCAACGCUCAACCCGUGAAACCCUUUGUAAUGACGGUUUGGAUAGGUCACUCAAUGGGGCACCACCCCACCCAUGGGAUGUGCAUUGCACACCAUCAACGGAGUUCAUGUCUCACCAGAAAGUGUUGGAAAUUCCUAAUACAUCAGUAAAAAAGAGUUGCAAUAACUGCAAUGGCAGAGGCUAUAAGAUAUGCCGAGCUUGCGAUGGCAUGAAUAUAUGUUGUCAUUGCCAUGGCGCUGGUCUAGCCUGGGAAUAUCAUGGUACUAAUACUCGCCGAGUCGCAUGUCGUACUUGUUAUGCAACUGGACAUGUACAAAUCUGUCUCGGUUGUAAAACAAGAAAUGGACAGAUCACCUGCAGUACUUGCACAGGAAAAGGCUCUCUGCAAUAUUACACCGAAUUGGUAGUUAAAUACACCAAUCAUGUGAGUGAGUACGUCCUGGAAAAAAAUGGCAUACCAAAAGACAAAAUCAAGGGUGUCAGGGGACAGGUUGUCUUUCAGCAGAACCUUCCAUGUGUGGAGCCAAUCUCUCAACACUCAGAGCAGCAGAUCAUUGUCAAUUCCAUGCGAAUGGUCAAUGAUCAUCGUCAAGCCUGGCCUGGUGAAAAAAUUAUAAAGCAACGUCAAGUCCUUCGUUCUGUGCCUGUAUCAGAGGUUGCCUACACCUGGUAUGAUUGUAACCAACGGUUCUGGGUAUUUGGAAAUGAGCGCGAGGUCCACGCCCCGGAUUAUCCAUAUCAACACCUUUGGGGGUGUAAUGUCUCAUAAAGUCUAAAGCUAUUAAACCUAUUCCAAGAAAUAUAAUCACAAGCUGUAAUAAAUAAUGUAGAAGUAGACUGGGGAAGCCUACUUUGGUUUAACUGUGUCCAAACAAUUUCAAGACCAUCCGGAACAAUGAUCUUAAAUUCAUUAGCUUUUUGAAAUGUUCAUGCACAUACAUAUAGCACCUCUCCUCUUCCAAUACGAUUUAGGGGGAUUGGGAAAACGAUGUGUAGCCCUCAAUAAGAGCUGCCCAGUCUAGCUGAUGGGCUGUGUAGAAUUAAGCCAAUCUAGGAGAAUAUUACCUCUCUCGUAUUUCUCUCCAAGCCCAUAUCUUCUGCAAGCAUCAUGCUGUGUGUUCUUUAUUAUUUUUGAAUUAAAAUUACCCAUCAGCACCAUGCAAUUUGUUAUGGCUGCAUUUAUUCACAAGCUCUUGGAUAUCUAUUUUCUUUACUCUUGAGUUGCAUUUGGUGUAGAAAGGUAAACUUAUAUUAUUAUCAUGUUUUGUUGUUUUGCUUCUAUUCUAAGUGAUAUUAUUCUCUCAGUGUAUGGGAUUACUUCUAUUGCACCUUUUAUAUAUCUCGGUGAAAUGAGAAAUCCUACUCCAAAUUCCCUCUUAUCCCCACACCAUCCUUGGUACCCAGGGUUUUCACGUGAAUGUAGGCCUCUACCACUUUAUAUGAGAUGCAUUGAAAAUGUUGGCAAAACGUGUAGCAUUAAUAACAUUUAUUAUUGCAAAGAAGGCCUACAUUAUUAAAAUACAAAUAGGCCUAUUUGACGUUUGUAAAUAUUUAUUUUGUUUCACAAAAAGAUGAUGCUUCAAACAUUCCCUGAACAUUUGUGUUUCAUACCACCAAAUCUUAAUUCUGGGAAACUGCAUUAAUAGGUUUUAAGUUGGAGUGGUGGUAAACUUUUGCGCUAAUUGACAAAAUAGAUAUAAAACGGUCCGCACUCUUGCUGUAUAAAUGACCCCCUUGUUAGCUCAUUCUAAUAAUAAUAAUAAUAAUAGUAGUAGUAGUAAUUGAAUAGCUCAUUCUUGCCUUAUGCUUGUCAUCUAUUUAACAAAGUAUUCACCAGAUAGUUAUACCUUUUAUUCGGUCUUUGAUAUUUUAACUCUUACAAUUAGACUGUAAUUUAUUUAUUGUAUAUUUUUGCACUGUAUAGUUUUAUAUUUAUAGUUGUCUUGUAAUUUUAACUGGGUGUAUAUUUUGUGUAUUCCUUGCUCUGGAAAGCAAAUUUCAUGUACUUCACUUUUAUAUGACAAUAAAUGGAAUCUUGAAUCUUGG